AGUCCACUUCCUAUGAACUCACAAUCACCGAAACAGAUAUAAUGCAUCUAGCACCUCUGGCACUUUUAUACCAAACACGACCCAUAACCCGUUUCUUGGACCAUAGUUCGAAUUCAGCUCAGAAUGGGUGAACACGGGCAGGGCCUCGACUCGAUUUCCAAACUGAUCACCACUUACAACGAACUGAACAGCCAUGUCAUUGAUGAGCUUAACGAGGAACCCAGUCCUCUCGAGUUCUCGAGAUACGUUGCACGCAACACCCCUUUCGUCGUCCGCAAAGCCGCGAUAAACUGGACCGCCUACCAGAGAUGGGACGCUAAAUUUCUCACCGAGACCCUCGGAGACCAACUCGUCAAUGUCGCAGUCACUCCUUUUGGUAAUGCGGACGCGCCUACUUCUCUUCCCGACGGCACUCUCGCACUCGCCAAACCUCACGAGGAGGACCACCCCUUCGCGUCCUUCCUCGGCACCAUAAUUAGCCAGGCCAAGCAAGAUCUCUCUUCAUUAUCCCUCACGCGGGAACAAUCAGGGGCAGAGGUCCUCUACGCCCAAACGCAGAAUGAUAACCUCCGUAACGAAUACGCGCCCCUCCUCUCCCUCAACCAUCUCCCGACCUCCAUUCCGUUUGCACGCAUCGCACUGGAUCAGACCAGCCCCGAUGCCCUGAACCUCUGGGUCGGCAACUCCCGCUCCGUCACCGCCCUCCACAAAGACAACUACGAGAACAUCUACGUCCAACUCCGUGGCCGCAAGCGCUUCGUUCUUCUGCCGCCCUGGUGCCAUCCUUGCGUCAACGAGAGGCCCCUGCGUGCUGCUACGUACCGACGGCAAUGCGCGGACCAGGCGAGCUCCAGCACCUUGAUCCUAGAGCCCGAUGAAGGCGAAGACGACGUGCCGUUCGCGACUUGGGACCCGGAUAACCCCGACGUCAACUCCACACCAUAUUCCCAUCUGGCCGUCCCCAUCCGCGUAGACCUUGAACCGGGCGACAUGCUCUAUCUUCCGGCCAUGUGGUACCACAAGGUAUCGCAGUUCUGUAUUGAAGAGGACGAGGGAUUCGUCCUUGCCGUCAACUACUGGUAUGACAUGGACUUCGGCGGUCCCCUAUAUCCCUUGGCAUCAUUUGUGCGCGACGUUCACCACGAGGCUCUCGCGCGUCAAGAAAACACAACUCAAAGCUAAACAUUUCAUUAUAUUCUGCAUCUUCCUUCGAAUCCCUGUACGUUCACCGUCCGCCUAUCCCUUUAUCCUCCAGUCCACAUCCUCCGUUCUUCCAUAUAGGAGGGCCACAUGCCCACCCUCUUCAACUGUGACAUGACACGCGUGACCUGUGCAGACCAAUCUGUCCGCUUGUAAUAGCCCUUCUAUGAGAAUAUAUAUGUACACGGGCGACCGUGGAGCCCCGACGAUUAGAUUGGUGAGCCUACGUUGAGUUGGUUCGUCAUGGAGGCUAUCCUUUGAGCUCAGAUGAGCUUUUGACUCCAUUUUCAUCACUUCCCCCUGGAUCCGUCUGAGGGCUGAUGCGUGCCCUACGCCUUCCCGCCUUUAACCACCCGGGGUAAAGCAUAUA